AUGCGGGACCUGGACGCAAGCUCUUGGGAAGCACAUCUGCGCAUCAUCAUCAAGGAGGGCGAUCGAGCCACAGGAGACGAUCACGUCGAGGACGUCUGGACACUACGAUCUCGAGAGCGCUGGAAACUGUAUCGAUACUGGGUCGACAACCUGACUUCUGUGAUUGACACCUUUCAAACUUCUGAGAUGACAACAAUGGAAGAUGUGCAAGAGCGCAUGGCGCACUCCAGACUAAUGGCUGACCUAUCGGUCCUUAGGGCGUCCAAGGUCAUUGGAAUGACAACAACGUGCGCGGCUAAGUACCAGGCUCUCCUCCGCGAGGUGCAACCGCGCAUCGUCAUCGUGGAAGAGGCAGCCGAAGUACUCGAAGCUCACGUGGUGACAAGUUUGGCUCCGCAAACUCAGCAUGUGAUCCUCAUCGGGGACCACCAGCAGUUGCGUCCGCCCACGAAUGUACAAGAACUGUCAAUCAGAUACAAGAUGGACGUGUCUCUUUUCGAAAGAAUGCUUAUCAACGGCGUGGGUGUCAAACAGCUCUGCGUUCAACAUCGCAUGAGGCCGGACUUCGCCCGCCUUCUCACGCCACGAUUCUACCCUACUUUGGAGCCCCACCCGUGCGUGGAACGAUACGAAGACAUUGAGGGUUCGGUCAACGUGUCAAGAAGUACAUCGCCAGGAUGAACAGACAAAAGCGAAAGGCUCUGCAUGAUAUCUGGAGUGAACAUUACGGUUAUGAAGCGGUUGCCAGACAACGCUCACUUGAUGACUACCUCCGUGGUCUCAUUGCAAAGAAGCAACCCUGCGACAAGUGACUUCAAUAGGCCCACUGAACAAACUGUCUUGUUUUUAUAUAGUAUUUGUUUUGGUUUCGAAACAUUGAGCGCUUCGUUGGGCUACUGUAGCCCUCAUUCAUUCGCGCUCGAGCCCCAGCACCGACUGCAGCGAUGUAUGAUGUGAAUUCGCGAUAAUCGCCCUCUUCUCUCCACUGAUCUCAAUGUCAUAACAAAAUCAGA